AUGCUUGGCAUUCCACUGAUCUCAGAAUAUAUUCAUAAAGUAGUCAAACCACAGGUGGUUGCCGAUAAAGUGGAUUUCUUGAAUUAUUAUGCAACAUCAUUAUUACUAGCUUUGGUAGCAUUGGCUAUCUCAGCAAAACAGUAUUUUGGUUCACCAAUUCAGUGCUGGGUACCAAUGGAAUUUCGAGGCGGUUGGGAAAAAUAUGCAGAGGAUUACUGUUUUAUUCAAAAUUCAUACUAUAUUCCAUUUACGGAACAGAUACCAGAAGAAUUACAUGAACGAAAUGAUCAGAUCAGUUAUUAUCGGUGGGUGCCGAUAGUUCUGGCCUUACAAGCUUUAAUGUUUUUUGCCCCUAACUAUUUCUGGAAUAUUCUUUACAAAGAAACAGCAAUACAACCGCAAGGAAUAGUAAAGGAAGCUAAGAAAUGCUCUACUUUGCAUGGUCACAAUCGUGACGUAGAAAUUCGAAAUUUGGCAGAAUAUAUCGGUGAUACAGUAUCACUUUUCAACUCUCAAGAUGGCUUCAGAAUGGGAUUUACUCGAUCCGGUCGAAAUGCUACAAUGUUAUAUUUGCUAACGAAGCUUCUUUAUGUUUUAAACAUUAUUGGUCAGAUUUACAUGCUGAAUCAUUUCUUCGGUGGUGAUUAUCUGCAGUGGGGUUUUCAAACAAUAACGGAUGUAGUAUCCGGAAGGGAAUGGAUGGAAUCAACAAUAUUCCCACGUGUUAUCAUGUGUGACUUCCAGGUACGCCGACUGGGUAAUAUACAGCGUCAUACGGUACAAUGCGUCAUCAUGAUGAAUAUGAUUAAUGAGAAGUUUUACUUAUUUCUCUUGUUUUGGUUCAUUUUCAUAGGUAUUUGCACGGUUAUUAAUUUCUUAUACUAUCUCUUCCUGUUGUGUAUGUCAAGAGCGCGUGCGCAAUUGGUAUUGUGGAAUAUUAACAAGCGUGAAUGGAAGUUAUCCGGAUUCCAUAACGAUGAUAUGAAGCGUUUCGUAAACGAUUUCCUUCGACCUGAUGGUGUACUUCUGUUGAAAUUUAUCAGUGAGCAUGUCGAUGCCAGGAUAUCCCGGGAUCUUGUUAACGAGUUAAUUCGAAUUUAUUCAAAACAGCAAAAUAUAUCCAUAGAGAACGACAGCAAACAAACGUCGAGUGUAUCUUCAGAAGAAAAGGCAUUGAUAACCAGCAGCAAAACAAGUAAAAAGUAUUAUGGAAAUUUCGGGAAAAAUAUUAAGUCGCUUUACCCUUUAAAAGGCAAUAUACCAAUACCAAGUCAAAUGCAACAUUCACCUUUAUAUGGAACUGGCUAUGAAAGUGCUCCUGUUCUGGAAGACCUUGUCGACGGAACUCUACCUAUUCGGGCAAUGGCACGUGCUCGAGUUACACAGUCUCAGAAUCAUUCCACCGAAAAUGUUUAUGGCAGUCCUGGAUCGCAACUGCGACAGAAUACACCCACUGAAGUCUAA